AUGUUUUCAUCUUCUUCACCACCAACCCCCACCACUACGACGACUACGACGCAUCCACCACAACAACCACCACCACCACAAGUAUUGGCAUCUGUUUCUUCCUUUUCAUCCUCAUCGCCAAUGAAUUUUAUGCAAUUGUGGGUCGUCGCCACCGCCGCGGAGCUUGGAACAGAAGACAGCAACCCUCCCUGUUGUUGUUCCGUCGUCCGGAGCAAUAACCCAUUAAGCUUUCUCCAGGAGCAAGUGAGCUCGGAAAGGGAGAGUGGUGAUUCUAUGGGUCAUCAUCCCAAGAGGAUGAAUGAGGAUGAUCCUACUCAUUCUUCUUGUUCAUCUUCAUCCUCGUUUCGGAGGAGAGGCUCUUCAUCUUCUCCUUCGACCAACCAAACGUUCAUGAAGAACACCAACAACAACACCAACAACACCAACAACACCAAGAACACCAACAACACCACCACUAACGAAUUCAAUGUUCAACAACCAGCCAUUCCAUCCAAACCUUCCUCUUCUGAAAACAACUUGGAAGAAGUCUAUCCCCAAUACUACCCCGACAACGACGACAACAAUGUCGACAACACGUACGAUCUUGAAACCAAUCAUCAUCAUCAUCCUUCCUUGUUUGGAGUAUCUACACAACCAUCAAGCGGAACAAACUUCUCAGCACUCUCCAAGCGCAAUCAUAGUGGAAAGACUCAUAUCAUUGAUAUUCAUAUGAGACCUGAUUUUGAGAGAAUUUUGGAGAAUGAUGUCGCUUUGCAAUGUUUUCGAAAUUUUGCAAAUUCUCAACACGUGUUGGAAUCGUUGGAUUGUUUGGUCGAUAUCAAACGCUACAAAAAACUACUUUUGAAAUUGUAUCCUCAAAUGAAUUCAGAAAUGGUGGCUGGAAGAAGAUUUUCAACUUUUAGUAAUCAUUCUCAAGGAAGUAAUAGUGGUAUCAUGACUACAACUCCUACGACUGUGAAUUCUCCUGUUUCACCCUCUCAUGGCAACAGUGUGAACUCGCCAACUUUUAUGAAUGCAAAGCACGGAUCUUGCCAUUCAAAAAGGUCCAUCUUUAGCUCCUUUUUCUCAAUUAGUUAUACGAGUAGUAGUACAGAGAGAGAAAUUGAAACCAUCUCAACCUUGGAUUCUCCAAAGGAGCUUCCAUUCAACGAUAAUAAUACUAUCAUUCCAGAGAAUAAGGAAGAGUCCACAGAGACUCCCAAAAAGGGUUUUUCAUUUAGGAGACUGUCAUUAAGGAAAAAACCACCUCCAAUUCUUGAUCGAAUAGAUUCAAACACGGAUCUUGUUGUCACAAGUGAUGUGAAAUCCCCUCAAAAUGAUCCAUGGAUUCAUCGUGAUAGUAUCAUUUCUGCUUUGGAAUCUCAUGACGACCCAAAACCAGGAACAGUUUCUCUUUUUGAUGAUGCCUCUUCUAUCACAAGUUAUGAAACCAGUAAUUCCAUUUCUGUUCGUUCACCAUUAUCCCUACUUCGAUUUCCGUCCAAUGACGACAAGGAACGGCAACUACAAGAAAAAGUCUAUUACUGUGUGCUUCAAAUGAUUGACAAUUAUUUGAAGGAUGGCGCUCCUUCUGGAAUUAAUGUGGAUGGAUCAUCGAAACGACAAAUUUUGAAUAAUGACAGUUUGGCGUCACUGAACCGAUUCACACACGAUCUUGACUUUAUGACCAAAUAUAAUCUUUUCAAUCGAGUAGAGCUACAAUUAUUACUCCUUAUUAAGGGAGACGUUUUACCUCGAUUUGCCCAAUCUGAAAUGUGGCAGCAAUUUGUGUUGCAAAAUGGAAAACUGGCGGAUUCUUGUUGUUACCCUGAAGAUUUGCAAAAAGUGGAAAGACUCAAAUAUCGAAAAGCAGAUUUCCUUAGAGAAUAUAUCACAAACAAGGAUCUUGAAUUUAGUGAAAUGGCAGCAGGAGAUAUGAGCUGUUUACAACACAUGUUAGGAUCGUCCGAUUUAAGUGUCUUCUUCAGUAAGGGUCGUCAAUUUGUUGACACGGAAGAGGUUGGGUUUGGAACAUUCAAUAUGGCCAAGGUGGUUGGGUUUCUUCCUUUCCCUGCCGAAGUGGUUGUGAGUGCACAAUGUUCUGCGUAUGCCACAAAAAAGUUUCUCCCGACCACCAAAUUCGAUGAGAAUUCGCAAGGAAUUGAAACUCCCUUCCUCCCUCAUGAAUACGAACUGAUCGAUUUCUCAGAUGAUUCGAAGAAGCAUAUUUAUCCCAGCUGGUUGACAAAGUUCAAUGUAGCCUUUCCAAAACCAUUUGGUAUGAGAACUUGUUAUGCAGCAGGUUCUGUCUUCUUUGCCAAUGGAAAGUACUUCUCCAUUAAUAAGGCAAUUUUAAACGAAGACAAGUACCCAAGCUGCUACAAUUAUGUGAAAAAGAAUGGAAAGAUGGGCUCCAAAAAGACCACGAACAGCCUAUUCAUAAGCGUACACGUUACGACACCUGUGUCAAAAGAUAGAUGCCACAACACGCAUUUAGCCAUCAUGAACGCAGGAGGAUUUCUCAACAUUCUUGCAGCAAAACUGUACAAACAAACUGUUGGAAAGGUGAGCGCUCAAGGUCAAAACAAUACCAUUCACGAGUUGAACGAAUUAAAGAAAGACCGAUACAAAAACAUCGAAGAUGGAUACACAAGAGCCAAACAAUAUCUUUCUCUCACUCUUCAGAGAAUGGGAAAGACAUUGGGAGCAGACUGCCCCUUUCCGCAAUCGUUUGAAAGACUCCAGCGAUAUGCCGAUGUAAAGUGA